GAGGCGGAGUCUGAGUUUCGGUCAGGCUGCCGCAGCGGCUGCUGUAGUUCAGAAGAGCGAGGCCGAGGCCUGGGCCCAGCCCGGAGCCGCUGCCUGACCCGAGCCACCUGGAGCCCCCGCGCCGGCUGAUCUUAGCGGCGGGCUCGGGCUCGGCCGGCAACCACACGCAGGACCGAGGCUGCAUGCCGGAGGACCAGGCCCACACAGCCAUGGAGGAAGCAUCUCCCUAUUCCUUACUUGACAUCUGCUUGAGUUUCCUGACCACCAACCUUGAGAAGUUCUGUUCAGCAAGACAAGAUGGAACCCUGUGUCUGCAGGAACCGGGAGUAUUUCCACAGGAGGUGGCUGAUCGACUUCUUCAGACCAUAGCUCUUCAUGGUCUCCUGAAUGAUGGAACUGUGGGAAUUUUCAGAGGUAACCAGAUGCGCCUAAAGCGAGCUUGCAUUCGCAAAGCCAAGAUUUCUGCUGUUGCUUUCCGGAAAGCCUUUUGCCACCACAAGCUAGUAGAACUUGAUGCCACGGGUGUGAAUGCUGACAUCACUAUCACAGACAUCAUAAGUGGCCUUGGCAGUAACAAGUGGAUCCAGCAGAAUCUUCAGUGCUUAGUACUAAACUCGUUAACCCUGUCCCUCGAGGAUCCGUACGAGCGGUGCUUCAGCCGGCUCUCUGGUCUUCGGGCUCUGAGCAUCACUAACGUGCUCUUUUACAACGAAGACCUGGCUGAAGUGGCUUCCUUGCCUAGACUGGAGAGCCUGGAUAUUUCCAACACCUCAAUCACAGAUAUCACUGCCCUGCUGGCCUGCAAAGACAGACUCAAGUCGCUCACCAUGCAUCAUUUGAAAUGUCUAAAAAUGACGACUACCCAGAUCUUGGAUGUUGUUCGGGAACUAAAACAUCUGAAUCAUCUUGACAUCUCGGAUGAUAAGCAGUUUACAUCAGACAUAGCCCUUCGAUUAUUAGAGCAAAAGGACAUCUUGCCCAAUCUUGUCUCCCUGGAUGUUUCCGGGAGAAAGCACGUGACAGAUAAAGCUGUUGAAGCCUUUAUACUGCAGCGGCCCAGCAUGCAAUUUGUAGGUUUGCUGGCCACAGAUGCUGGGUACUCUGAGUUCCUUACGGGCAAAGGACACUUGAAGGUGUCUGGAGAAGCCAAUGAAACCCAAAUUGCAGAAGCGCUAAGGCGGUACAGUGAACGGGCAUUUUUUGUCCGGGAGGCUUUGUUUCAUCUUUUUAGCCUGACUCAUGUGAUGGAGAAAACAAAGCCAGACAUUUUAAAGCUUGUGGUUACUGGGAUGAGAAACCAUCCUAUGAAUUUGCCUGUGCAGCUGGCUGCAAGUGCCUGUGUGUUUAACUUAACUAAACAGGACCUUGCCUUAGGCAUGCCUGUCCGGCUCCUUGCUGAUGUGACCCAUUUGCUGCUCAAGGCCAUGGAACAUUUUCCUAAUCACCAGCAGUUACAGAAGAAUUGCCUCCUCUCACUUUGCAGUGACCGGAUUCUUCAAGAUGUUCCAUUUAACAGGUUUGAAGCAGCCAAGCUUGUCAUGCAGUGGCUUUGCAACCACGAAGAUCAGAACAUGCAGCGAAUGGCAGUAGCUAUCAUUUCCAUCCUGGCUGCCAAGCUUUCCACAGAGCAAACCGCACAGCUUGGUGCUGAGCUCUUCAUCGUUAGGCAACUUCUUCAAAUAGUGAAGCAGAAAACUAAUCAGAAUUCCGUGGACACUACGUUGAAAUUUACUUUGAGUGCACUUUGGAACCUUACAGAUGAGUCCCCAACGACGUGCAGACACUUCAUUGAAAAUCAGGGGUUGGAACUCUUCAUGAGGGUUCUAGAGUCUUUCCCAACCGAGUCAUCCAUUCAACAAAAAGUUCUAGGACUUUUGAACAAUAUAGCGGAAGUGCAGGAGCUGCACUCUGAACUAAUGUGGAAGGAUUUUAUAGACCACAUCAGCAGUCUCCUGCACAGUGUUGAAGUAGAAGUCAGUUACUUUGCAGCUGGAAUUAUUGCCCACUUAAUAUCCAGGGGUGAACAAGCAUGGACCUUGAGCCGAAGCCAGAGGAAUUCUCUUCUUGAUGACUUGCACUCAGCUAUUUUGAAAUGGCCAACUCCAGAGUGUGAGAUGGUAGCAUACAGGUCCUUUAAUCCAUUCUUUCCACUACUUGGCUGUUUUACAACUCCUGGAGUCCAGCUGUGGGCAGUUUGGGCCAUGCAACAUGUCUGCAGCAAGAACCCUUCAAGGUAUUGCAGCAUGCUGAUUGAAGAAGGAGGACUACAGCAUUUGUACAACAUCAAAGAGCAUGAGCAGACAGAUCCCUAUGUCCAGCAGAUUGCUGUAGCCAUUCUGGACAGUUUAGAGAAACACAUUGUGCGCCAUGGAAGGCCCCCUCCCUGUAAAAAGCAGCCCCAGGCCCGACUGAAUUGAUAGCCAUAGAUAGUUGGGUACGAACAAACAGCAUUUUUGUGGUGGGUUCAUUUGGAAUAGCGUGCUCUCUGGUGUUUGGGGGCGGGGUGGGGUGUGUGUGGUAAGAGUCUGUGAUCCUUUGGAAUUGGUAAUGUACAGUACUGCCCAUGUGAACAGUCUGAUUUGUUUUGUGAUUUUUAACUUAUGAGGCAAGAAAGGUCUUCCUUCAAUAUUGUCUCUUAGGAAAUCUUUCAGUGUUUGAACCUAACCUGUGCUUGAGAUUCUACAGUUUCAUGAUAAGCUGCACGCACUCCUACUCAGACUUCCCUUGCAGGUGAGCAAGGCUGACUUGACUUCAGCUCCGCCUCCAUGAUAUUUUAUAUUGCUCCUGUAAAAAUGCCCCCAUUCUCUGUGUGUCUUUCACAAGAUGCCCUUCUUUGUGUGAGUGGAAGCUGUUGUGUUUCUAGAAGCUUCUUGCUGUCAGGAGCCUGAAUGGCAGUCAAAGGAAUAUAAAAGAAAGAAAGACUAUGAAAGAAGGACAGAGUCAAAAAGGAAUUAGGAAGUGCUUUUGUGGAGUUGCUCUGAAAAUGGGUAAGGUUCUCCUGGUGUCCCUCUGCUAAGGUGGGCGGGAGCAGAAGCUGUUUUCCAUGAUGAAGACUGGAAGCACAGACCAUUGCUAUCCCUUCUUUCCCAAAGUCAUUCUCAUUCAGUGGGAUAGAGACUGUUCUUGGAGUUAAUUUGCUUAGUUAAAAUACAGUUGACAACAGAAAAUUUGUUGCAAAAAUUUAAACUUGAGUUGGGGUGUGGCUCAGCGGUAGAGCAUGUUCUGAGAAUGUAUGAAUUCCAUAUCCAGCACCACACACAACAAAAAGGUAACUGUUCCUUCUGUUCAAAUAUGUGUAUCUGUCAGGCAUAAGUGGCCUAUGCCUGCAAUCUUACCACUCAGGAAACUAAGCAGGAGGAGUGCUGUGAGUCUGAGGCCAGUCUGUGUUAGAGAAUGACAGGUAGUGUCUCUCCAUUAUGUGUUCACGUUAGAAAAAGGUGCAAGAGAAGAGUGGGCAGCUGCUAGAUGGCUAAAUGUGUAGUCGACUGGAUAAAUGGGAAUGUUCUGAUGGAUUAUUUUUUUAGGCAGUUGCCUUUCCUUCAAGAUAAUUGAUAUAUGAAGAAUCAGUUAUCAUCCUAUGAACCUGGGAGGCAGCAAAUUACUAACACUUAAUUUCCACUAUAAUUUUAAGUUGGGAAUAAGUCAGACCUAUAAUCCAGUAAUGACAAGGGUGAGACAGUAGGAAUUACAGCUGGAGGUAAGCUAGGCCACAAAGUUGCAAGCCAGCCUGGGCUAUAUGGGGAGACCCUUUCUCACAUAACAAAAGGUUUUUAUUUUAAGGCAGUCUUGGUGGCACUCGCCCUUAAUUCAGAACACUAAAAAGCAGGUGGCUUUCAGGGUCAGCAUGGACUUGAUAGCAAGACCCCAUCUCAAAACAAACAAGGACACUCACACCUUGUUCUGUAAAUAGGUUUAGUCUGAAAUCUCUUCUGACCACAUUCAUACAUGUCUAAAAGGUUUUCAGUAGAGUUUUAAAGUAAGUCAGGACUAUUUGAGUUUGGGAAGGAGCUAGCUUAAGCUGUGCAUCUGGGCGCGCACCUGCACCCUAGUGUUUGGAGAACAAAGGUGAGGGGAACUCAAGGGAACAUGAGUUCUAAGCCAGCCUGGGCUACAAGAGUAAGCUACAACUCAUUGCAGCAUGCUGUCAACGUGUAGACCCAUGUCUCACACUACUGUCACACUCCUUGGACUUGAGUGUUUCAGACUCCCCUCAUAGGGGUGAAUACUGAAUCAAACUGAAAGAAAACAGACACGUAGAGUUUAUCAAAAGCCAUAUUAAACCAUGAUUUAUUUCUUACUUCAUUGGUUCAAGGAGUUUUGAAAGCUAUAAAAUAUAUUUUUACCUGAUAUGGUUGCUCAAACCCAUGAUCUACCACUGGAGAGACAAGAUUGUCAUUUUGAGGCUAGCCUGGGCUACCUAGUGGUGCUUGUCUCAGCAGCCUCUACCACAAAAAGAUGCAUUUUUCAUAGUUAAACACAUUUCAGAGAAAAAUUCUUUCAAUGGAGUAGUUUUUGCUUUUUGUUGAUAUUUCUCCCUCAAUUUUAAUAUCUAAGACAAAAUUCUGACAGUACGAUACAGUCUGUAGUAGCUAGCAAAUUGGUGGUGUUUCCUAUACAGUACACUUCAGAAAUAUUUGAGGACUUUGGCUUCAAGUGUUGCAACAAAAAUACAUGUUCUUACAGGCUAUUGCAAACCUUGCCAUUACAAAGUUUCAGAGAAAUAAAGUCAGGUGGUGGUGUACACCUGUAAUCCCAGUGUCAACAGCCACAUAGUAAAUUCAGAACCAGCAUUGGUCACCUGAUAUCCUAUCUGGAGAAGCAGAACAAGAAAUGGUCAAAAGGACUGCGGAGUGGUUCCAGAUAACCUGAUGCAUGAAGGCUCAAAACCAAUUCAAUUUAUAUUUUCCAGGCCAGUCAGGACUGGAUUGCAAAAAAAUAAAAAAAAUAAAAAAAAAAUAACUUAAACAAAAAGCAAAAAAUCCCUAAACUCAAAGUGACUGGAUCUCAAGUAAAUCAAGAUGUUAGUGCCUCUGUGGUGUUACUUUGUCCGUUGGAUGGUGGUGUUUUGCUUUUCAGAUAGAGCCUCACUAUGUGUAGACCCUCCAAGGCUGUAGUCUGUGUUGAUCUCAUCCAGCUAUAUUCAGACAGUCCUCAGUAAGUGCGAGGGUCCCAGGCACGGGCUGUGGGAUGGUUCUCUUUUUGUUUUGUUUGUUUUUGUUUUUCGAGACAGGGUUUCUCUGUGUAUGUAGUCUUGGCCGCCCUGGAACAAGUUUUUGUUUCCAAAAUGCUAGGAUUAAAGGUGUGCACCACCCACUGCCCAGCUCUGGGGUGGUUCUGGAAUUUUCAACAGUCCUGAAUAUGGGUAAAGUGUAGUAAAUGCAUGUGUGUGUUUAUAGAUUACAAACCCAGCCAUCCUCCUCAGCCUCCCAUUUGUAAUUGGUUGGUACUUCAGAGCCAUCGGCUUUGCCGUGUGCUUUCAGCAUAGUUCAGACUGACCCGAAUGGCCCUGUUGAACUCAUCAGUGUUCAGACAUAAGCCAAUGGGCCAGGAAUAGCAAGACUUGGAUCUGCUGAAAGAAAUACAUGCACAAGGACCCAGGUUCAGUCCCCAGCAACCUCCCACAGAGGAAGCAGAAUUAUUAGACUUUGUAAGACUGGAGUCGAAUAAAGCAAAAUAUAGCAAAUCAAA